GACAGCUGAUAUGGGUCUAGCCUGUGACCUGGAGCUGGGAGGGCAGAGUUCUUGCCCUCCCCCCUCCCUCCACACAUGGCAGAAGAAAAACCAGGCACAGGGAUGAAGAGCAACCUCCCUGACCUACCCCAAGCCACUCUAGAUUCUCCCAGCGCUGUGGGGAGUAGGGGUAGAUCUUGACCCCUCCCCCAGGCCACUCUAGCCUCCUUCCCUCCUUCCCCGGGGUUGGGGGGAAGGGAAGUAGCAAGAAGGGGAAGUUGCUCGUCCCCAUUUGCUUCAGAGUUACUGUCUGAGCAUUGGGCUCUGGCUGCUCAGCCAUGGACACCCAAGAGACGCCUCUGAUGGAUGGGCUCCUCUACCAGCAACAUGUGAAAUUUGGCAAGAAAUCCUGGCGGAAGGUGUGGGCCUUCCUUUAUGCCGAUGGCCCUUCAGGAGUGGCCCGACUGGAAAGCUGGGAUGCAAGAGAUGGUGGUGGUGGCCCAGCAGGGGACAAACCCACAGGGCGUCGGGGUGAAAGGCGAGUGAUCCGGCUGGCCGACUGUGUGUCUGUGCUGCCAGCAGAUGGUGAGAGCUGCCCUCGGGACACCACUGCCUUCCUUCUUACCACCACCGAACGCAGCCACAUGCUGGCUGCUCAGCACCGGCACACAUGGGUGGCUCACAUAUGUCAUCUGGCAUUUCCGAGCAUGAAUGGCAGUUCCUCAGGGACAGGUGAAUUUGGUCCUGCUGAGCCUGGCUUGGUCCCCAUGGAGGAAAAUUCCAUCUAUUCAUCCUGGCAGGAAAUGGGAGAGUUCUCAGUACUGGUCCAGAAGACAGAGGCGGCCACUCGCUGUCAGCUGAAAGGCCCUUAUGUCCUGGUGACUGGCCACGAAGCCAUCCAUCUGAGUGAGCCCAGCGCCCCGAAGCCCCUCUACGUCUGGCCCUAUCAUUUCCUUCGCAAGUUUGGCCAUGACAAGGGUAUCUUCUCUUUCGAGGCUGGCCGGAGGUGUGACUCUGGUGAGGGCCUCUUUGCCUUCAGCUGCCCCCGGGCCUCAGAACUCUGUAGUGCUGUGGGGGCAGCUAUUGCUCGCCAGAGAGAGCUGCCCGGGCCUGCCACUGCCCGGCCCUGUCCCCUGUCGAGGGCCUCCUCCCUGCCCUCCUUGGAGCCCAUGGGGGAAUUGCGAGAGGCACCACUUGGGCUCGAGGCCUGGGGAGGUCCACCAUCUAAUGGGAAGGCUCGAGUAGUGCUGGAGACCGGUCCCCAGAGCCUGCCGCCCUGCCUGGGGACUUUGCUACCAGAGGGAUCCUCCUCAGCUGGCCCUUCCGGUUCCGUGCUCUAUGCCUCUGUGUCCAAGUGGCCCAGUGGCCCUUCCCGAACGGCUCCUGAUCCAGCCUCGGCUCCGGCUCCGGCUCCAGCUCCAGCCCCCAUCCCCGUGGCAGAGCACCUGUAUGAAAACCUGUGCGCCUUGGAGGAUGGCUUCGGCACUGAGCAACGGGGGGAAGGCCUGCUGCAGGCUUCCCACGGUGGCCACAAGGACUACCACAUCUAUGACAACAGUGAGUGUCUGAGCUGGCCCAGCCCUCAGACCACCAUGGAUAGCACUCUGGAGGCCCAGUACCGGAGGCUGCUUGAGUUGGACUUGAAUGAGGAAGGUGCAGAGGAGGCUGAGGACAAUGGACCUGGGCGCCUCGUGGGUCACUCCAGCUUCAAGGCCAGGCUUGUGACCCUGCUGAGCAGGGAGCGGAAGAAGGUCCCAGCUCAGAGGAACCAGGGACUCGGGCCAGCAGAGGGACAGGCCUGAGAGAGCACCCUAUACCUGGGCUGGGACCCGGCCACCCGGCUCUGUGCAGCACCCCUUCCCCAUUCGAAUCAUGUACAGUGUACAGAAAUUUCUUAAUAAAGGCCCUUUAGCCCCUCCCUCAGGCUGCGGCCCUUGUGUUGCUCCAGAGGGCCCUCUCCAUAUUGCUCUUUGUCUUCUUCUGCACAUCCUCCUCACCUCCCAACAUCUACCUUGGCACAGGCAGAAGUUGUCCUAAAAGACCUCAGCUUUGAAUACAGGAGAGAAUCUUGCUUGGCAGAGUUGCUUUAGGUAGAGACCUACCCAGGAACAGGUGGCUUUAAUGAGAUAGCCUCUGGAGGUCAGAUAGGAGUCAGAGCUGAAAGAAGCUUGAAAUGUCUCCCAGUCUGAGCUCAUUUUUACAGACACCUUCUGCCUUGGGGCUCCCAAACCUUAUUAGACCAAAGGUCCUGAUGAUGCUAUUAGUGCAAAAAGCAUAAGUUAUAGAAGGGCCUAUUUUGAGGAGAUGGGUGGGAAGGGACCGGGAGCCUGGAAUAAUGGGAAGGACAGAAAUGUAUCCAGGAGACCUAGAUUUUUAUUCAUUAUUCUGCCAUUUAAUUUUGGACUAAGAUUUGUUACCCCUUGGUGGGCCCUUUGUAGUGAGUAUGAAGCUCUUAGGUUAAAAAGGCCAAGUUUCCCACUACAUCCAGGGCCAUCUCCAGAAGUCCUGAUCUGUAUCUGGCCACUGGACCCAAUGCUGGAGGAGAAAGUGAGGCA